GUGAUUGGUCAGCUGGCGAUGACGUAGCAUGCGUGUCACAUCCGGAAGCGGGAAACGCGGGGUUGGUUUAAGUUAACUUCAUCUGACUUCCCCCACUGUGUAAAGAAGUACAUUAAACUCACCAACACGGUUUGAAGCUACACACAUGGCUGCUGAUAAAGAAUUAUGGCAGAAGAUUGGAGAGGGGUUUGUCCAGGAAUAUUAUAACCAGUUUGACAAUACCAACAGGAUGGGACUUGCCAACCUAUAUUCUCCUGAUGCUUGCUUGACAUGGGAAGGAUCUCCGUUUCAGGGGAGAGAAGCAAUUGCUGGCAAGCUCGUAAGCCUGCCUUUCAAGCGCAUUAAGCACAUAAUCACAGAACAAGACUUUCAACCGACAAUAGACAGUUGUAUCCUCAUCAUGGUCUUUGGACAGUUACAGGCUGAUGACGACCCACCCAUGGCUUUUCAUCAGGUAUUCAUGCUGAAGUCCGCGAACUGUGCAUGGGCGUGCACAAAUGAUGUCUUUCGACUGGGUGUACACAACAUACCAGUGUAGCUAUAUCUUUAUAUUUUUAUGGAAAUACGACCAUCUCACCGGCUAUAUGUGUGUUCAUUUUCUCCAUGUUUACAAUAGAUGAGUAAGCUGCUUGUUAUGUGUAAUUAAAAUUGAAUAUACUUAACAUCAUUCCUGUCAAAUAAAAUGAUUCAUUACUCA